CCUGUCUUUAAAGAGAUUGAUAUUAUUAAGAGUAUUAAUAUACAGACCUAUAAUAUUAUUACUCUUUAUACUAACUCUAGCUAUAAUAUUUCUAAUAGGGGCACUAUUAAGAAUACUACUCUUAUAGAAACUAACUAUAAUAUUAGUAAGACUAGAAUAGGCUGCAGUUAG